AUGGCCAAGCGCUCGCGCGCCGAGUCCGCUUCGCCUGAGCCACAGCCAGACGCACCGCCCACAGACCCUACCGCCUCUGAGCCCGCCCUGCCGCAUGUCGUCAAGUAUGUCCAUGUCGACUCUGCCGACACUUCCGCCUCGGCGCCUGUCGUCAUGAGGUGUCAGCUGCCGGGCCACAGGCCGCUCGACUUCGCCACCUAUGAAGAGUACGACGUCCACUACCGCAAGACCCACCUGAACCGCUGUUCAGAGUGCAAGAAGAACUUCCCCUCAGACUUGAUUUUGGACCUGCAUUUCGCUGAGAUCCAUGAUCCUUUCAAUGAGGCUCGGAAGGCAAGGGGGGAGAAGAUCUACGCUUGCUUCGCCGAAGGCUGCGACAAGAAGUGCUCCGAACCGCAUAAACGUAGGAUGCACAUGGUGUCAAAGCACCAUUUCCCAGAGGACUACGACUUCGCCAUAAUCAAGGAUGGCAUCGAUGGUCGCAGCUCCAUGCUUCGUAGCAGCAGGAACGACAUCUACACCCGCAACCCGAAGAAGAAGGCGGCCGAAAAGGCAAGAGCAAAGACCGAGAAGACCAAGGCUGAUGAAGAUAAUGCCCCAAAGACUCAGACUCACAUCAUCUUCGACGAAGAUGGCAGCACGCCGCAAAUUUCUAAGCAAGAGCCAGAGCAGAAGCAAGACCACCCGGAUGCAAUGGAAGUGGUUAACCCAACUAGCGAAGCACCAUCUACUGCAAUUGCCUCUCAGGACAUAGAGAUGGGGUCCCUGGAGAGUGAGCACCCGAGUGGCUUGGCGGCCUCUAAGCACGCUACGGACCUCCCUCCCCCAACCGUCAAAGGCCCUCAAAAAAAGGGCAAGAAAAAGCAGAACAAGAAGAAGGAUGACCAGGACAGCAACAUCAAAGGCACAGACAGUCAUGCUACCUCAAAGCUCAACAGUUCGUCACAGGUCGUCUCACAGAUUCAGCUCCAGUAA